AUUUGUGAUUAUUUCAAAAACUCUAGUAGUUUUUUAGACCUGAAAAUGGCCAGGUAUAGCUUAGUUCUAUUAAGUUUAAGUACUUUAGCUUUAGCGCUUUCUGCCAACUCAGAAGAUCUUCCGACGAACUAUGAAUACUACACCGACGGAGGUAUCAGCAGUGGUUUAAAUGCCAAUCAAACAUAUUUUACACUUAAUGGAAAAAAUAUUACGAUAUUCAGUGGUACCUUCCAUUAUUUUCGAGUACAUAGCGCCUACUGGAGGGACAGAUUGAGGAAAAUCCGUGCUGCAGGUUUGAACGCUGUGGAAACCUACGUUUCUUGGAACCUGCACGAGUUCUACUCCGGUCAGUAUGAUUUUGGCAAGGGUGGCAGUGACUUCCAGGACUUUUUGGAUGUCGAACAGUUCUUAAAAAUAGCCCAAGAAGAAGACCUGUUUGUGUUGCUCAGAUCGGGACCAUAUAUUUGCGCUGAAUGGGAAUUUGGAGGACUACCAGCCUGGCUCUUACGUGAAGAUGGCAUUAAAGUACGAACAAAUGACGAGGUUUACUUGGGAUACGUAUCUAGAUAUUUUAAAGAACUGUUUAAGAUACUAGCACCUUUGCAAUUCACUAAUGGAGGACCGAUAAUCGCAUUUCAAGUUGAGAACGAGUAUGGUAACACUUAUAAUUCCGAUUCUGAUUAUUUACAUUCCUUGAUAAAGAUUCUUAAAGAAAAUAAUGUUACUGAACUUUUGUAUACAUCUGAUCCACCAUCUGCAGGCACAAGAGGUGCUUUGCCCAAUGAAAUUUUGAUGACCGCUAACUUUAACACAGAUGCUAAAGACAAUUUGGAUAAAUUGAAUGGUUUUCAGACUAAUAAACCUACCAUGACGAUGGAAUACUGGUCAGGAUGGUUUGAUCACUUUACCGAAACUCAUCACACAGUAUCCGUUGAAACAUACCAACAAGUAUAUGAAGAUAUUCUUAGUUACCCUUCCUCCGUCAAUAUUUAUAUGUUUGUUGGCAGCACUAAUUUUGGUUUCACAGCCGGUGCAGGUUAUGAUUCAGAAGGUUUGGAAAACUGGGGAUUACAACCUACAGUUACCAGUUAUGAUUAUGACGCUCCCAUUUCUGAAUCUGGUGCAAUAAUUGAUAAAUACAACGCUACCGCUGAAUUAAUUGCUAAAUAUAAUCCAAUUAAAACUCGCCUUCCUGAUGUUCCUGCAUCAGAACAAACGGGAGUGUACGCUGAUAUUGAAAUCAAGCAACAGAUAUUACUAUCGGAAAUAAUUGAUUCUUAUCCUGACAAAAUUGCAAGCGAAAACCUAAUAUCGAUGGAAAAGUUACCCAUUAAUAAUAAUUCAGGUCAGAACUUCGGUUAUGUCGUAUACCGAAAAACCAAUCUCACUUUGAACUCAAAUGCCUUACUCUUAAUUUCUGGCUACGUCAGAGACCACGUAUUGGUUCUAGUCAAUGGAAAACUUAUCAACCCUGUAUUAUCUAGCUUGGACGACUUAAACAAUUUUGGAUACUGGCGAUUGAAAGAUUCUAAUAUCACACUUACAGAUGAAGCUUUACAGAACGCUACACUUGACUUAGUUGUGGAAAAUUUGUCUAGAAAUAAUUUCGGUACCUUGGAUCGGUUCCAGCAAUUUAAAGGAUUGAUUGAUGAAGUUUUAAUUGACGGAGUCUCAAUCAAAAACUGGGAAAUAGUACCACUCGAGUUUAAAAAAUCCUGGAACCGUAAUCUGACUGGCUGGCACGAAAUACAGAAUAAAGUAGCCACUCCAGCAUUAUACAGGGGAACCUUCGAAGUGGCUGUUCCAGAUGUUGAUACUUACAUCAACGUCCAAGAUUGGGUAAAAGGAAUUGUAAUUGUAAAUGGCUUUGUACUGGGAAGGGUGUUCGCAGUUGGUCCUCAGCAAGCAUUGUAUCUUCCUAAGGCACUUCUGGCAGUUAACAAUGAAAUUAUUAUUUUUGAGCAUUUCACAGCCUCUGAUUAUAUCAAAUUUUCUGCUGAUCCAAUUUAUGGGCUAGGAAACAGUAUCAAACAAUAGAAAAAAUAAAGAAUUUUAAAAUGAA